UUCCAGGGCCUCACCACCCUCACAGGGAGCAAUUCCUCCCCGGGAUCAGCUUUGCUCCUGCGAUUAUUUCCCACCAGAGUGGGACAGGAUCAGGGGUGUGGCGAGGCCUGAGGGUCCCCUCGUGUGUCCCUGCAGGUGACGCUGCCGUGGCCGAUGUCCCCGGAGCCGAUCCCGGAGGAUGAGCAAACCCACGGAGCUGCAGCACGACCUGGAACGAAGCCUCCCAGCCAUCGCYUCCAUCAGCUCCUCCUUCUCCCAGAGCCAGGGCUUCUCCCCRUACUUGUUCUCCCCGGAGAAGAGAAAAGCCAUCUCAGAUGUGAGGAGGACCUUCUGUCUCUUUGUCACCUUCGACCUGCUCUUCAUCUCCCUGCUGUGGAUCAUCGAGCUGAAUUUUCUUAUCARUGCACUCAACAGCUUCCUGCUUCCCUGUCUCCCUCAGACCAAGGAGGGCAUCAAGGAGAACCUGAAGGAAGAAAUCAUCAGCUACAACUUCAAGAGCUCAUUYUUUGAUAUUUUUCUCUUGGCUGUGUUUCGUUUCGUCGUGCUGCUCUUGGGCUACGCCAUCGUCCGCCUGCGCCACUGGUGGGUCAUCGCGGUCACUACACUGGUUUCCAGUGCCUUCCUGAUUGUGAAGGUCAUCCUCUCCGAGCUUCUGACCAAAGGAGCUUUUGGGUAUUUGCUUCCCAUCGUCUCAUUUGUCAUUGCUUGGCUGGAGACCUGGUUCCUGGAUUUUAAAGUCCUAACUCAGGAAGCAGAAGAGGAACGAUGGUUCCUGGCAGCCCAGGCUGCAGCCUCCAGGCCACUGCUGUACCCCCGAGCCCUCUCCGAGGGACAGUUCUACUCCCCACCAGAGUCCUUCGCAGGGUCGGACAACGAGUCGGAUGAGGAAGGUGUGGGGAGGAAGGCCUUGACAACUCAGGAAAAGGAGUAUGUCCGACAAGGCAAAGAGGCCAUGGAGGUUGUGGACCAAAUCCUCGCCCAGGAGGAGAACUGGAAGUUCGAGAAAAACAAUGACUUCGGUGAUGUUGUUUACACUUUUGAAAUCCCCUUCCACGGCAAGAUCUUUAUUUUAAAGGCUUUCCUGCAGUGCUCCCCUGAAACUGUUUACCAGGAGGUGAUUCUGCAGCCCGAGAAGAUGAUCCUGUGGAACAGAACAGUGGCAGCUUGCCAGAUCUUGCAGCGGAUUGAGGACAACACAAUUGUCUCAUACGACGUGGCAGCCGGAGCUGCUGGUGGCGUGGUGUCCCCAAGGGAUUUCGUGAACGUGCGUCGGAUCGAGAGGAGGAGAGACAGGUACGUUUCCUCAGGGAUGUCGACCACGCACAGCCUGAAGCCUCCGCUCUCCAAGUACGUCAGGGGUGAGAACGGACCUGGAGGAUUCAUCGUCCUGAAAUGUCCCAGCAAUGCCAAGGUCUGCACCUUCAUCUGGAUUCUCAACACAGAUCUGAAGGGUCGCCUGCCCCGGUACCUGAUCCACCAGAGCCUGGCUGCGACCAUGUUCGAAUUCGCCUUCCACCUGCGGCAGCGCGUGGCAGAGCUCUGCUCCAAGCCCUGAGGACAUUCCACAGCCCCUCUGCUCUGCAGGGAGUGGGGACAGGACCCUGUACCCCACCAGAGAGGGGUCCCCCCCGUGCCAGCCCUGGGAUGAGGCCAGGGGGGAUCAGCCCCUCCUGCCACCCCGGUUGCCCCCGAGCGGGGCUCUGGACCCAACGUUUCCGUGCCAAACCCCUGCCCUGCCCUCGCCGGGGGCUGGGCUGSCUCCCCCUCCCCACACAUGGUUAGGGGCUCAGCUGGGACCCCCAGAUUCCUGUCCCUGCACCCCAAUUCCGUGAGGAAGAGGGGACAGAGGUGGCAGCCACGUCGGGGUGAGCAUUCAGCUAAGUGAGCUCCAUGCCAGGCUCUGCCCCUCCAGCAGUGGGUGAAAGCACAGCUGGUGCCCCCCACCCACCGUGCCCCCCCGGGACUGUGCCCCCCACCGUGGGAGAACCCCCCCAAACCUCCCCUUCGCGCUGGCUGAGCCCUCCACAUCCCAAACCUGCAGCUCCUGGCGGAGCCAGCGCAGGAUUUGCCUUAAGCAGAGACUUUGAUCCUUUUUGGGGGUGCG